AUGUCUGCGUACACCGCGACUCACGCUGAGUCUGAGUGGCACAGCCAAAGGACGAAACCAGGAGACGCCAACGACGGGACCAUGGGCCUGCACUAUUCCGAGGUAUCUGGACUUUCUCUUGACACUCCAAAGCGCCCGCCGCUGCGCACUCACAAGAGCUUUCCCUACAUGUUGAGCCAGCCACACCAUUCCGCCACCCAGCAAUCCGCUGCUUCCGACCACCCCAUUGCAUCUCCGCAGCCUCAGAGAGAGCGCAUCACCAUCAGCAAUCUGGAGGAGUCGCCGCAGAGGUCUUUGCCGAAUGUGACUUAUGGUGGCUCGGCCCCCGCCAGCCCAGUUUCGAGGCUGACACCUCCCUCUCCGGAGGGUGAAAAGGACCAAAGAGAGGGCGAUAAUGACGCAGCCCUCUCCGCAAGCGCUGAUGAAGGCGACGACUCCAAGCCGAUGACUGCAGCAGAGCUGCGGGCACAGAAACGAAAGAUGAAGAGGUUCAGGCUUACGCACAACCAAACUCGAUUCUUGAUGAGCGAGUUUGCCAGACAGGCGCAUCCGGACGCUGCGCACCGGGAGCGCCUGGCCAGAGAGAUUCCCGGAUUGAGCCCACGCCAGGUGCAAGUGUGGUUCCAGAACAGGUAG